AUGGAUUCGGCUCUUUCGCAAGUCGAAUCACCGAGUGUGCCAUCUAAAGAGGGUCCGGUAUACUCCCAACCACCAUUCCAUACACAUGCUUUCUUCACGGUCCUAGAGAAGACGUUUCCGACGCCUACAGCACGGGGUCUCAUGCGUGCUACUCGCGCCUUGCUUGUUGAUCGCGUAGGCCGUGUUAGAAGGGAGGGCUUGACUGCUAAAGACUUGGACAAUCAAGCGUACCUUUUUCGUGCCGCUCUCUCCGAGCUCCGGUCGGAGAUCACAGUGACAACUAAGAAUGACAUAGCUGCAAUGAAGUCAUCCGGUACAGUGCUGAGAAGGGAGGUAGACAAAUUAGACGUCAAGAUGAAGGAAGAUCUGGGGUUCCUCAAACAUGAGAUCCAGAUGGAAUUGGAUAGUCGGAAGAACGAAGUGAAGGAGCAAUUCAAGCGGCAAGACAUUUCUGUCGAAGAGAUGCUGAACAAGUUUAUUGUCGAAAUCAGUACCCUUCGGACAGUAGUGGAAGAGGUUAAAUGGGAUAACACACGGCGCGCCGUACUAACGCUGUUCGGAUUCGUCGCAGUCAUACUAACAUUUAUGGAACUCCGACCCAAGCCACCUCCAACGUCGUCUGCUCUACCACCAAGACAGCACGUCCAUACACCCUCUCCACAGUCUCCUAAUCCUGUGCAUGAAACGGGCGAUGGGCUAGAGAAGAUUGACUGGGUCACAUAG